UGUCAUUAGUUCUCUUUAGUGUUUGCCGAUGUUGGAGGUCUGGCGGCGGACUGAGAUAUAAAGCAUGGCCCAAGUGAAAGUGCAGACCUCAGCGCACACCGUGCCCUCCAUCAAUGGCACUGUGCCCACCGUCCCACCAGCUCCUCCCCAGGAUAACAUGGCAAACCCUAAAGAGAAAACUCCGAUGUGUCUGGUGAAUGAGUUAGCCCGUUUCAACCGGAUCCAGCCGCAGUACAAACUGCUGAACGAGCGGGGGCCUGCACAUGCCAAGAUCUUCACUGUACAGUUGUGUUUAGGCGAGCAGGUCUGGGAAGCUGAAGGCUCCAGCAUUAAGAAGGCUCAGCACUCAACAGCCAAUAAAGCGCUAGCAGAGAGCUUGCUGCCCCGCCCCCCACCACGCAUCACUAAACCAGACACACACACCAAUCCAGGCAGCAUCACCCCCACUGUGGAGCUGAAUGGAUUGGCGAUGAAGCGAGGGGAACCGGCUGUCUACAGACCGCUGGAACCCAAACCCCUCCACAACUACAGGGCCAACUACAACUUCAGAGGAAUAUUCAAUCAGAGGUAUCACUAUCCAGUCCCCAAGGUGUUCUACGUGCAGCUGACAGUAGGCAGUAACGAGUUUAUUGGAGAAGGUCGAACUCGCCAAGCGGCUCGGCACAACGCAGCCAUGAAAGCUUUGCAGGCGCUGAGAAAUGAACCCAUUCCAGAAAAGCAACCUCAGAGUCUGGAGGAGAAAAAAGGUUCAGAGGAGGACAGCGACGUAAAUAAAUCUGAAAUCAGCCUGGUGUACGAGAUUGCACUGAAGAGGAACAUGCCUGUGAAUUUUGAGGUGCUGAAGGAGAGCGGCCCACCCCACAUGAAGAGCUUCCUGACCCGCGUGACGGUGGGCGAGUUCUCCGCCGAGGGUGAGGGCAACAGCAAGAAGCUGUCGAAGAAGCGUGCAGCUUUCUCCAUCCUGCAGGAGCUGAAGAAGCUGCCCUUCAUCCCUGUAGUGGAGAAGCCUAAAGUGCACUAUAAGAAACGCCCCAAGACCAUACUGAAGGCGGGCCCGGAGUAUGGUCAGGGCAUGAACCCCAUCAGCCGACUCGCUCAGAUCCAGCAGGCGAAACGAGAGAAAGAACCCGAGUACACACUACUGUCCGAGAGAGGCCUGCCACGCCGCCGUGAAUUCAUCAUGCAGGUGAAGGUGGGUGAUGAAGUGACCUCAGGAACAGGGUCGAAUAAAAAAGUCGCUAAACGUGCAGCUGCAGAGGCGAUGCUGCUCCAUCUGGGAUACAGAGCCUCCACGCCUAUUCAGAACACACAGGAGAAGCCACACAUGGACAACAAAAGCUGGAAUGGACAAAGAGCCACUUUCCCCGAAGCCAGCACUAACACGCAGAAAGGAAUCCUCCACCUCUCUCCGGAUGUGUAUCAGGAGAUGGAAGCCAGCAGGAAUAAAGGUGGCACCGCCCCUUCUGUCACCCCAAUGACCCCUGUGACCUAUCUGAACCCUAAAGAAGUGAGCCAGGCACCAUUUUACAACAACAGCGCCUCAAAGACAGCCGCCAUCGCGCGGGAGCUGCUGAGCAAAACGCCAAAAACACCCGCGAUCCCCUGCAGCUCCGUUCAGCCAUCGCAGCAGCUCGAGUACCUCGCUCACAUUCAGGGCUUCCAGGUGCAGUAUACGGACAGACAGACGGACACAGAGUUUGUGACAUAUCUCACUCUCUCGCCCGUUCAGAUGACGUUCCACGGCAUUGGGAGCUCCAUACAGGCCAGCCAUGACCAGCUGCUGUUUGAGAGGUGGCUGAUGGAGUUGUGUCACACUCGUCCUCUCGUCCUACAGGCGGCUCUGAGUGCCUUGAAGCAGCUUUCGGAACAGGGACUGGACCCGGUGGACGGAGGAGUCAAGGUAGAGAAUGGAUCCUGUGAAAUAUCAGUGAAGCAUCCAGAUGGGAAACAGACUAACUCAGGCUCUCAGGACUGCGCAGAUCCAAACGCUGUCGUGUAGAAAACGAGUCUCUGCGAACGCCGCUGGAUCCCUCGGAACAUCAACACACGAUAGGGUGGACGCGUCUCAACAGCAUGACGUAGAACAACACACACUCGCUCUCAGUCUAUGUGAAGACAACACUAUAUUAACCUUUAGUUACUAUGGAAAAUUUAACUUGAUGAUAAAUGUAAAAAAAAAAAGAAAGAAAGAAAACCCAACAAAAAAAAAAAGAAGAGCUAACGUAAUAAUGAGUUAAUGCAUGGUACUGUGUUGACUUUAAGGGAAAGCUAAGUAUUACAAAUUUCCCUGAUCGAUAGAUGUUUUGGGUUUUUAUUUUAUUUUAGUCUCUUACGGAUUAAGAAGGUGUGUAUCAUGCCAUGGAAUUAAAUGAAACAUUAUAAACAAAGUUGUGUGUGUGUGGGGAGGGAGGGAGGGAGGGUUGCGUAUGUUCUUUUCUUUCUUAAUAGCAGUGCUUGAGUGCGUGAAGAUUAACAGACGAUGGCAGUGCUGUAAAAGUUGUAGUUGUUGUCUUCAUAUAUAAUCACCCAGCUUAGCGUUUAUGCUGAUGUUCAUGUAUCUGUAUGGAUGUGUGCAAGUAUCACAUGAAGGAGAAGAAGAGAGGGGGAAAAAAAAAGUGAAAAAAAAUCUAACGACAGAGACAGAAUUAGCUGAGAGGUCGAUGAGGAUGUGGUCUGUGUUACUGUAAAUAAAGCAAGUCCACUAGAUUCAACUCGGUGUUUUCAGAGCUAUGUGAUUUCACACAGCGUCCCCUAACCCCGCCUUCACGUUCUAAACCCGGCCUGUGCAUCCGAGCAUUUUGCUAACCUCAUUUCAACUCCGCCCCCUCGUUUUGACUUCGUCUUUUGCAUUGACCACACCCCCAUCCUAACCUUGCCUCAUUUCUUACCUUCGCUACACAUUCUGCUUUACCUCAGACGCUAACCUUGCUUUAGCCCCUUCAUGUAAAUAUUCAUUCCAACCCCGUCGUCGUCUUCCUGCUUAACCUUUGAUUCCCCACGCUAACCCCACUUCCUCUUUAACUAUGUAACAAGCCAUAGACAUAUAAACAUAGACGCCGCAUUGAGCUGGUGGCCCGUUGCUGGGAUACGUCAGAGUGUCCGCCAUAUUGGAUGUGGCAAAUCUUCCCCGUAAACCAAUGCAAGUAAAUGGACUGAACUUCAUAAAGCCCCUUUCUACAAUAAUAUUUAACUCGAUGCCUUUUAUUCACCCAUUAAGAUACACACACGUAUAUAUUUGGGAAACAAACGGGCAUCAAAACAACACAUAUAACUUUUAAUGUGAUGGUUAUAAAUAGUGUGCGAAAUCCCCUGUACACUGCAAACUAGCGACAGAUACGCGAUAGAUAGCUCAGGUAAGCUAAUCAGUCAGCAUACCGUAGCAAGCUACCAAAACCUGAGGCCACAGUAACCAACCUACAAGACUGAAUAUGAUAAAUGAUGGAAAUAGUGGAAAAACUGGAAAUAGUGAAUGAAAAUAAAAAUGUACUGUUUUAUUUAUUGAGUCACCACACAGACCUACUCUCGUUGAAUAAAGUGAGCUGAAUGACCGCCAAACUGAGUUCGGCCAGGUUCUAACAUCAUACCAAAACAAAAUACAUCACUGAUUCCUUCACAUUCAGAAAGGGUAAAAACAUUCAUCAUGCGUUCAAAAACGUUCAUCAUAGUGUGGCACUGUAUUAUCUAAUUCUCACUGCUUAUAACUCUACACCUACCCGGUGGAAAUGAGCUGGGAGACUGAAGACUGAAGGAACAGCUCCCUCUCUGAUCCUGACUGUCUGACCUGUUCUGUCAAAAUCCUCCGUUCUGAAGUGUUCACUGCAGAGCAUGGAUGACGGAGUAGCAGAAAACCCUUCCCUUCGCACAGCUGUCUCCCACUGCUUUUUCAUCUCCUUAUUUUUGGGAAACCUACAUAGUAUGUGAAAAGUUAGCUAAGCAACUAACAACAAUCAGCGUAGUUACGAAGGAAAUACUUCGUUGUUUGGAGACAGGUUUCACCGAGCGGCUAUUAUGCGCGAGACUUCAUAUUAGCCACAAAGUCAGAAAAAUCUGUUCGUAAAAUUACGUUAUAAUGACCAAAUACAGUGAAAAGUAUUUUUCCAGUCUCACCUGUGAAAGGUAAUCCCAUGUGAUCUCGUUUGGACGGUAAACCUGUUGGUACAGUUAAACGCAGCACAGGAAUGAGGCAUCUUUAUUCUCCGCUACUGUCCUCUUGCAGUCAUGCUACCGGAAUGUAAACAGCUGCCAUCUUGUCAGUAAAAAACACCGCUGAAUACUGCUGCACUCGUGUACAAAAUGGAUCAAUUUCAACCGACGGACUACACGGCUCAUUUUUCUAAUGAACAGAUAACUAGAUAUAUGUCUAAAAUAAACGAUCUACAUAUUAGUGACCCUUAUGGCUUACCGGACGGAGUUUUCACUACCGUGUCAGUGGAUAUUGAACUGCCAGAGGUGGAAUACCCAGACGUGUAUAAUUACCUCAUAAACUUUCCCUCGCUGUUCAGUGGUGAAGCACUGCGUGCUUAUAAAUCUCCGCACAGUUAUCUUUACAGAAAUUCAGGAUUUGUCAGCGACUCAGAUGUGGCAUCUUGUAAACAAGAAAAUAACAAUCCUCAUUGGACGGGUAAGUCACUUAAGUAUUACUAGUACUGAUACUAGAUAUAUCAAUAGUAUCUAGUAUAGCACUGACCAGCCGAUUAUAGAAUAAGGUAAUUCCAGCUGUAAUUCCAAAUCGUCCGUCUUGUUUACCAUGGAUCUGGCGUUGGAGAGGUAGAGGCUUGGCAGUGGAGGUUUGAGUGGCUGUUUUCUGAGCUUAGUCAACAGGCCGGCUCUGCCUGCAGCCUCGCUUUUGCUUCCUCUCCCAACGCCGCCUCCUUCACCUGCCAGACCCGAUAACAAUCCACGGAGACCCCACUGGUCUCGCUAUCUCGUCCGGAAUGUUGUGCAUGCGAUGGAAAUCACUACAAACCGUCAUUUUCUGCUGGAAACCAAUGUUCAGUAAGUCCAUACAGUUGUAGUGGAUAUUGAAGUCCGGUACAGACGAACAACACCCAAAAAUACACACAAAAAACAUAAAAAACGUGCACAGGUAGGGAGAGCUUGCAGUCUAUCACUAUUACUGUAUAUAUGGUAUACCUGAUAGCAGCAAUCCAUUUUGCACGCCUGUCAGGGUCCCGUGGCAGCCUACUGUCAAGUGUAUGUGAGCAUCAUGGGUUUCCCACACUUGAAAGGGAAGGACUCGGACACAGGAUUCCACUCGUCUUAUGUUUUAUUGAUUUUCAGUGGAGUUGACGUUGUAGUAGAAUUGUAUAUAGUAGGGUUUUCCAGAAGAAAAGGUAGAAGUAGAAGGCGGAAAUAUGGCGUUUGACCGACAAGAUGGCAUCUGUUUACAAUCUGGAUCGAAUCUCCACUUUGUCACAUCCAAUAUGGCGGCGAGGAUGACGUAUGAUUCUACGCAGAAUGCGGCGUCUAUGUUUAUAUGUCUAUGGUAACCAGCCCCACCCGGACCCCACCCGCCUUCACAGUCAUUACCAGUCGUAAAAGUUCCUGCUUUUGUGGAUUUGCGAGUUGGACGAGAUGUAGAACACUUGUCAUCACGUGCUAAUUCUGUAUCUGUGUUUUCUCCCAGCACAUCUGCACCCUAAACGCUGUGUGUUGUAUCGACUUAAUGCAUCAGCCGAGUGCUUUUAAUAACUGCAUUCUGGAGGAGUUUAGCGAAGAGAGCCUGCAUAGCUUCUCCUUCCAAACAGCUCGAUGACUUGAAUUAAGUUUCACAACAGCAUUUUUCUCUCUGUGUUCCAGGAAAGUUUUGAGUUAAGGAAAUGCAGUAAAAUCACAUCAGUUUGUGUUGAAAAGACGUGUGUACGAGUGUGUGUUUUUUCAUUUGCUUUUUACCGUCCUUUUAGGUCUAAUCCCGUCACGGAUUUCACACGCACCUUAAUAACAACAAGAAUGUUAAUAACAAUAAUACUACUACUAAUAACCAACAUCGUCAUAACAAUGAAGUCCACUUCCUCAUUUCCUGCUAGUACAGGAAGUAAACAACUGAUGUUGAAGCCCCUUUGUGUUUUUAUCUCCAAGCCAAAGUCAUAGACGUCAUCAAGAAACCCAGAUCAUAUGGACCCGCCCCUCCUCUUUGUACACCUGACCUUCAUUUGCAUAUUUGGAACACGAUUGGCUCUUCUACUUUAUGAUGCAGAAAUUCUUGCUUUUACAACACUAAUCCAAUUUAACGAAGUUCAUCUCCCCGUUUCAUAAAAUAAUCUGGGAAAAUGUGGGUGUAUACCUUUUAGAGCAACUUUUACUGAUUAGUAUUAUUAUUAUUAAUGACGACAAUAGUUCCCAUGUGGUUUUGUGUGUGUUUUCAUGCCAGCUGUGAACAAUAAAACAAUAAAAGUCCA